AUGUCCGUGGAAGAUCAGGGCUACCCCGACCCGUUGGUGUUGCUCAAGGCCGGUCCGGAAUGGAUGCGGGCCGAGAUUCAACGUCUGGCCCGGGAACUGGGCGAAACCACCAACGAGAAGAUCCAGGCAGCUGAGUAUGGGUUGGCGGUACUGGAGGAGAAACAGCAGCUCAAACAGCAGUACGACGAGCUGGAGAUAGAGUUUGAAGGUGUAAGGCAGGAGCUCGACCUACUGAAAGAGGCAUUUGGACAAGCCUACUCCAACCAUCGGAAAGUGGCAGCGGAUGGGGAGAGCCGAGAGGAAUCCCUUAUUCAGGAGUCGGCCUGUAAGGAGGCAUACUAUGAGCAGAGGGUCCUUGAACUGCAGAAUGAGCUUCGCCAAACUCGCAACAUUCUCACUAACACCCAGUCUGAGAAUGAACGCCUGAGCACGAUCUCCCAAGAAAUAAGAGAGAACAGUCAGAUGGUGGAGCUCCAGAGGAAUCAGUUGCGUGAUGACAUCAAGGAGUACAAGUUCCGGGAGGCUCGUCUGCUUCAGGAUUACACCGAGCUGGAGGAGGAAAACAUCUCUCUGCAGAAGCAGGUCUCAGGGCUCAAGCAGAGCCAGGUUGAGUUUGAGGGUUUGAAGCAUGAAAUCCGUCGUCUGGAGGAGGAUAUGCAGUUCCUGAACAGCCAACUUGAGGAUGCCAUCCGCCUAAAAGAGAUUGCAGAGCGACAGCUGGGUGAAGCACUUGAGACCAUCAAGACUGAGCGUGAGCUGAAAGCCUCUCUGAGGAAGGAGCUCUCCCACUACAUGAACAUUGGGGACUCAAUUUACAACACUCCUCUAAGUAUCUCUCUGGACGGCCUCAAAUUCUGCGAUGACGGUACCACCGAGCCCAACAAUGACGAUGCUCUUCACAGCUCCGAGAAUGGCUUCAGCAAGCUGCUCAACGAUGACAACCGUAUAUCCAAAGAGGAGGAGCUAUUCCAGCCGGCACCAAGUCUUGUGGAUGAUAUACUGAGUGAGCUUAACAUCUCUGAGAUCCAGAAGCUUAAGCAGCAACUGAUACAGAUGGAGCGCGAGAAGGUGAACCUGCUUUCCACUCUGCAGGACUCCCAGAAACAACUCGAACAGGCCAAUGGUGCUCUGUCAGAGCAUCAGGAGAAGGUGAAUCGUCUGACAGAGAACCUAAAUGCCAUCCGCAAGCUUCAGGCCAGCAAGGAGCGCCAGUCUGCCCUGGAUAAUGAGAAAGAACGUGAUAGCAAUGAAGACGGAGACUACUAUGAGGUGGACAUUAAUGGGCCAGAGAUCUUGGAGUGCAAGUACAAGGUUGCUGUGUCAGAAGCUGGAGAACUAAAGGAGGAACUCAAGACUUUAAAGGCAGAGUACCAGGCGUGUCAGUCCCGCUAUGAAGAGGAGCGCACCAGGCUGGAGAAUGAUGUCACUACACUCGGAGAGAAGCUUUCCACUCUGGAGAAAACAAGAGGUUUAGAGAAAGAUGAGAAGGACAAAAUGGAGAAGGAGCUACAGAAGUUGAGUGACGUGGCUGGCGAAUCUCAGGGCAGUUUGAAUGUGGCUCAAGAUGAGCUGGUUACGUUCAGCGAAGAACUGGCAACCCUCUACAACCAUGUAUGCAUGUGCAACAAUGAGACUCCCAACCGCGUUAUGCUCGACUUCUACAAAGAGGGCAAGGCAGGGCGCAACAGCCCCGAAGGUCGGGGCCGCCGUUCCCCCAUCCUACUUACCAAGGGCCUCUUCCCGGAGCCUCUUAAGACCGAGGCCAGCGAUGGUGCUCCAUCUCCGGGCUCUUCCCUGCCUUCUCCUGUCUCUGAGCAACGUCGUGAGCCCAUGAACAUCUACAAUCUGGUGGCCAUUAUAAGGGACCAAAUCAAGCACUUGCAGUUGGCUGUUGACCGCACCACAGAGCUGUCUCGCCAGAGGGUGGCAUCUCUGGAACUUGGCACCGUAGCAGAUAAGGAUAAGGAGGCCUGCAUGGAGGAGAUCCUUAAACUGAAAUCCCUCCUCAGCACAAAGAGAGAACAGAUUGCUACACUGAGGACUGUUCUGAAGGCUAACAAGCAGACAGCUGAAGUUGCUCUUGCAAACCUAAAGAGCAAGUAUGAAAAUGAGAAGGCAAUGGUAACUGAGACCAUGAUGAAAUUGAGGAAUGAGCUCAAAACCCUAAAGGAGGAUGCCGCCACCUUUUCCUCCCUCCGUGCUAUGUUUGCCACACGGUGUGACGAGUACGUCACUCAGUUGGAGGCCAUGCAGAGGCAGCUAGCUGCAGCAGAGGAUGAAAAGAAGACCCUCAACUCUCUGCUGAGGAUGGCUAUCCAGCAGAAGCUGGCCCUGACGCAACGCCUGGAGGACCUUGAGUUCCACCACGAGCAGACGCGCCGCACCGGCGUGCGAUCCAAGACCCGUGGCAAAGCCUCUGCAAGCGCUGCCGGCAACCCUAACAUAUGUCAGGGUCCCACCUGCUCCAGCUCUGGCCAAGUCGAGCACAGCAACGCCAUGCCCAGCGGCCUUCUGGGAGGCCCUGCGGUCUUCUGCAGCGAGAAAUGCAAGAUCUACUGCGACUGA